GGUGUCAGCGUGGGGGAGGGCCAGACAGGCUGCGGGGGAGGGCAAUGUCCCGCUCCUGUGCAGUUCCCAUGUUGCCGUUCUUGUCCCGUUGCAACAUGGCCCUGCGGAGGGUGCUGGCGCUGGCGGCAGCCCUGGGGCGCCGCAGCUGCUGCUCCAAGCCCUCGCUGCCCCCUGACUUCGUGGAGACCCUGAGGGCCGUGGUGGGGGCCCCCAAUGUCUCCACGGCCACAGCGGUGCGGGAGCAGCACGGCCACGAUGAGUCCAUGCACCCCUGUGCCCCCCCGGACGUCGUGGUGUGGCCCCAGGCGGUGGGGCAGGUGCAGGAGCUGGCAGCCCUCUGUCACCGCUGCCGUGUGCCCAUGGUGCCCUUUGGCACCGGUACCGGCCUGGAAGGAGGCGUCAAUGCCGUGCAGGGCGGUGUCUGCUUUGACCUGAGCCGCAUGGACGCCAUCGCAGAGCUGAGCCUCGAGGACUUCUCGGUGACGGUGGAGCCCGGUGUCACCCGCAAGGCCCUCAAUAAGCACCUGCGUGGCACCGGGCUCUGGUUCCCUGUCGGUACCGUGGGCGUGAGGGGAGUCAUGGGGCUGGGGUGACACACUGUAGCAGAUGCUGAUGGGGAACGCUUGAAGAGCUGUGGAUUGUGGGGUGUCCACAGUUGUGCUGAUUCCAGGGCAGUAGCAGAGAUGCCUCUAGCACAGAGAGCCCCAUGGUUUCUGAGGUUCUGGAGGGGAUGGAUAGCCAGGACCAGGAAUCCUUAGGGGCACGGGCUACCAUCCUGUCUGCCACACCAAACUCUGGGGU